GAAGACAAGGCUAUGUGAGCUCUAUGCAAAGGUUCUGGGAUCAGAGGAAGCCUUACAUCCAGUGCAUUAUGAAGAGAAGAACUGGUGUGAAGAGCAGUAUUCUGGGGGAUGCUACACAGCCUACUUCCCACCAGGCAUAAUGACCCAGUAUGGAAGGAUUAUUCGGCAGCCUGUGGGCAGGAUCUAUUUUGCUGGCACAGAGACGGCCACAGAGUGGAGUGGAUACAUGGAGGGGGCUGUACAGGCUGGAGAAAGAGCAGCCAGAGAGAUCCUCUUUGCUAUGAAGAAGAUCCCAGACAGUGAAAUUUGGAAGCCAGAACCUGAAUCAAUUGAUGUUCCAGCUUUGCCCAUCACUACAAGCUUCUGGGAGAGGAACUUGCCAUCUGUGCCAGGACUGCUAAAGCUGAUUGGAUUUUCCACUUUCUUCACCUCUGUGGCAGUGGCUGGAUUAUUUGCCUACAGAAAGGGACUUCUAGUUCGAAACUGA